CGGCGCAGCGGCUGUAUGGGCGGCGUGUGGAGCCGGGCAGCGCGGCUUGGCCUCCCCGCGGCCCGGGCGGCGGCCCCGCUCAGCAGCCGGCAGCGCUGCUGGCUGUCCGGGCCGGGCCCGCUGCUGCUGGCGGCGGCGCUGCCCCGCGGCCCGGGCCGCCCGCUGGCCGCGCUGCACGCCGCGCCUCACUUCCUGCGCGCCGGGGCGGGGCGCGACGUGCGGGGCCGCCGCUGGGACUCGGGCAGCAGCAGCAGCAGCAGCAGCGCCGCCGCCGCGCAGCUCUCCGGGGAGCCGCCCGCCGCCAUGCCCGCCGCCGGCCCCGCCGCCAGCCCCGCCGAACCGCAGGCGCCGGCCGGGGCCGAGUCCGUGCGGCGCGGCCGCCGGAGGAAGGUCAAGGAGGCGGCCCAGGAGAAGAAGCCGAAGCGGCGGGAGAAACUGAAGCGGCGCGGUCAGGCCGGGGGCGAGCAGGCCCAGCCCGAGGAGAGCGGGCUGGCCGAGCUUGAGCCCCCCCUGCCCAAGAAGACGAAGCAAGGCAAGGAGAGCGGCGGCGCCGAGCGUGCGGCGAAAGCCCCUGCCGCCCAGAGCAGCGGAGCCGCGUCCCCGGGAGAGCAGGACGGCCGUGCCGAGGAGCUGACAGAAGAAGCAAAAGAAGGCGCCUUCUCCAAUUUUCCUCUCUCCCAAAACACCAUCAACCUUCUCAAAGCUCGAGGUGUAAAAUACCUGUUCCCCGUGCAAGUGAAGACUUUUCAGCCCAUAUAUGACGGCAAAGACGUCAUUGCUCAGGCUCGAACGGGAACUGGGAAAACCUUUUCUUUCGCUCUCCCGCUGGUUGAAAAGCUUCAGAGUGUCUCACAAGACGGGAGAAGAGGCCGUUCACCAAAAGUGCUGGUUCUGGUUCCGACCAGGGAACUGGCCACACAGGUAGCCAAAGACUUCAAGCAUCUCACCAGGAAGCUGUCCGUGGCUUGUUUCUAUGGAGGAACUCCGUAUAGAGAACAGCUUGAUCUCCUUAAAAGUGGCAUCGAUAUUCUAGUGGGAACUCCUGGGCGCAUCAAAGACCACAUUCAGAAUAGCAAGCUGGAGCUUUCCAGCGUGAAGCAUGUUGUUCUGGAUGAAGUCGAUCACAUGUUGGACAUGGGCUUUGCUGAACAAGUGGAAGAAAUCUUAGGAUUUGCUUAUAAAAAAGGUUCUGAGAACAACCCCCAGACGCUGCUGUUUUCUGCAACUUGCCCACGGUGGGUGUAUGAUGUGGCCAAAAAAUACAUGAAAGACGAAUACGAACAGAUCGACCUGAUUGGAAAGAAGACGCAAAGGACCGCCACGACUGUGGAACACUUGGCUAUACAGUGUCGCUCCUCUCAGAGAGCAGGAGUCCUCGGGGAUAUCAUUCAAGUCUACAGCGGCAGCCGUGGCCGCACCAUCGUCUUUUGCGAGACCAAAAAGGAAGCAAACGAGCUCGCUAUGAAUGCUUCUCUCAAACAGGAUGCCCAGUCCUUGCAUGGUGACAUCCCACAGCAACAGAGAGAAGUCACAUUAAAAGGCUUUAGAACUGGUGUGUUUGAAGUUCUCAUUGCAACAAACGUAGCUGCCCGUGGUUUGGAUAUUCCUGAGGUCGACCUUGUUAUACAGUGUUCACCACCAAAAGAUGUCGAUUCCUACAUCCACCGUUCUGGACGAACGGGUCGAGCCGGCCGGACUGGGGUCUGCAUCUGUUUAUUUCAGAGGAGAGAGGAAGAUCUCCUGAAGCAGGUUGAGCACAAAGCGGGGAUUACGUUUAAGCGUGUAGGUGUUCCUUCUGCUACAGAUGUAAUUAAAGCUUCAAGUAAUGAUGCCAAAAAGUUGUUGGAAGCCAUUCCUCCUUCUGCAGUAGACUACUUCAAAAAAUCUGCUCAAGAGCUCAUAGACGAAAAAGGAGCAGUUGCUGCCCUGGCUGCAGCUCUGGCCCAUAUUUCUGGGGCAUCUUACAUACAGCAGCGCUCCUUACUCAACUCAACUGCGGGCUUUGUGACCAUGGUGUUGAAGUGCUCAAUAGAAAUGCGUAGCAUGAGCUAUGCUUGGCGAGGACUAAAAGAGCAGCUUGGUGAGGAAGUGGAUGGCAAAAUAUCUGCAAUGCGUUUCCUCAAGGGGAAGAUGGGGGUGUGCUUUGAUAUCCCUGUUGAUGAACUGAGUAACAUACAGGAGCAGUGGAAGGACACCAGGCGCUGGCAGCUGUCGGUGGCAGAGGAGUUGCCUGAGCUGGAGGAGUCGCCCCAGGAGGCUGGACGAGGGUUCUCCAGGUUCGGAAAUGGGAGGCAAAGUGACGGCGGCUUCAAGAGGAACAACUGGGUUAAGAACGGAAACCGGGGGCGCAAUUUUAACAAGUCACUUGAUUAACCUCUGGUAACGGAUACAGGACUGAGCUGAUUUUUAUCGAAAAGUAAAAGCCUGUUGGACACUU